AUGGUUACUGAUGAUAUGAAUAAUGAAGAUGAAGAUGUUGUCAUAAAAGGUUCUUCCUUGUAUGAACAUUUACAUAAAUUUGGUUAUACUGAUUUUGAAACUGUAGCAAUAGAAAAAUUGAUACCCAAAAAUGAAAAAAAGAGUUCUAUGUUAUCUGGUUUGGUACAAUAUGUUAAAAAUGUUUUCAAAAGAAUAUAUGUUACAUAUUUUAGUGUAUGUAAGAAACAGGUGGAAAUCAUUUUAAAUGCAAAAGUUCUAUUAAGUGAUCAUGGUUGUUCAAUAUAUAGUUUCCUUGAUAAAUAUGACUGCAAACCAUGGAGGACUAUGAUGUUAAAGUUUGUUUUAUUUGGUACAAUAUUAUCAUCUUCUGUACAUAUGUCAUGCAGUACUCAGUAUAAAAAUUCAGCAAGUUUAAUUGCAUUGACUGUGUUGUGUUGUGCUAGUUGUGUAAAGUACUUGAGAGUACAUAAUACAUAUAAGGAUUUGCAUUCUGUUAUAUCCCUACAAAAUGAUUUAUUUGAUCUCUGUAAGAAAGGAAUGAAAAUCUUAAGGUAUGGAUAUAAAAUAAAGUUGAACAAAGCCAAUAAAUGCCAGCAGUUUUUUGAUCUUACAGCUGGUAGACUGAAAUACUUACAACCUAUAAUGGAAAACUUAGUGAGAUUUUUGGAACAUAUUUCAUGCACCUACUAUCAUGCUUCCUUAAUCCUUGCAAAGCUAUUGCCAAUUAAAAUUUGUAAUGAAAAUCUGUUAACAAAUUUUGAGAGCACAUCAUUUCAAAUACAUGGCGAAAUAAAUUAUCAAAAAUUGAAGGCCCUUUAUCACACUUACAUGCUCACUCAAUCCGAGAUGUUACAUUUACUCGCUAUUGCAUAUGAUAAUCAUACUUGGCAGGAGUCGUAUAGCAAAGUCCCUGAAUUAAAAUUAGCUUACAUCGUUCGUUUGUUAAUUCCAUACUUAACAAUGUAUAAAAACAAAUUAUCAGAGAUUAUUGAUGCUUAUUAUAAUUUUAAACUAGAACCAAUAGCAUAUAAAUACAACGGUCCAGAUUCAUCACAAUGGCAGGAUUUGUAUAUGCAUUUGUAUUUAGCUUCUAAUAAAUUACAAUUGGCUUACAGUCAUAUACUAUCAGUACUUCAAGACAUUGAUAAUGAAAUUAUUGAGAAUAUGACAAAUGAAGAUUCUGUGGAAAAUACAAUGCAAAGAUUGAAUGUAGCUCAAAAAUGUGUCGGGAGUGCAAAAGAUUUUAUUGAAUUUAGUAGUCUAUUUCUUGUAAAAAUACCAAUCAAUACUUCUGCGGAUAAUCGUUUGGAAACAACUAUUCCAAUGUCAGAUGCAGAGCCUAAUGUCCGUAUUAUAAGUGAUUCAGAACCGGUAAUUAUGGAUGAAGUGUUUGAAGAAUAUAUUAAGGAAGAAUAUUUGAAGCCUUUAAGAGAAGAAGCUAAUGAAAUAUCAUUGUACAAUUACAAGCGGGACAAAGCGUUGUUUAAGAAUUUUUUAACGGAAUUAAAGGAUGCUUUAGUUGAUAAGCAAAAGUCUAUGUCUGAAAGGGAAGCGAUGGCGCUUCAACGAAUGUAUAAAACUAUAGUGAAAGAAACUACUUCGGACGAUCAGCAUCAACGAAUUCCCACUCCUCCGCCAAUGCCUUCUCUUAAUACUUCUCCUUUAGUGGAGGAUAAUAAAUUUAAUCAAAAUUUUAAUGAUUCGAUUAAAUUGCAAUUAAAUGAUAUAUCUGAGAAGUCUGCUGUUACUAAAUCAAUGAAUAAAAGUGAGGAAAAUUUAAAAGAAAAGGAUUUGGGUGAUAUUUUUGUAGAAGAAAAGGCACCCAUUGCUGCAAUAACUUUACCAAUAGACAAGAAAUUUUCGUCAUUUUUACCACCGCCCUUUUUAACAGCGGAAGAAGAAACUUUUAUAGGAAGUGGUGAAAAUUCAGAAGAUGACGAGGUUAUUGAAGAAGGUGAAGCCAAGACCAAAUAAGUUUGUGUGAGAAUGCUUCAAAAUAUGAAUCAUGUAUUUUAAUGUCAAUAAUAACAAAAUAG